AUGCUCGUCAUUCAUCCCUCAACCAUUAUCCUGCCAAUGUCGAGCGACACGUUGAAGUUUGAAGUGUCGUUCAAAAAGGUGACCGGCAGUCUGUCGGUUACCCAGACGCUGAUUGCGUGGAACCCGGCAGUGGCAGGGACGAUGGAUAGGCAGCAACAGGCGCUGAAUCGAGUUACGAAUAUGCUCGCGAGCAAGGCUGGGUCGGCGCGCACCUCGCUGAAGCUCGUGUUCCAAGACGAUGUACCGGUUGGCGGACUGUUGUUCACCUUUACCGGGCCGACAAAGGAUGCGGACCGGCAGGCUGUGCAGGACCGACUCAUUCCGUUCGUGAGCGCUCACCGGACGCCUGCGGCCUCAACCCCGGUUCCCAAUCCAGCUCUGGCGGCGGUUGCAUCUGGGUCCAAUCCGGCCAGUACGCCGGGCUCACCAGCCCCAGGGACGCCAGGGACACCAGUGAGCAUCGCGCGCAAGCGCAAAGCAGAGGACAUUUCGCCCGCAGACGCUGAGGCGCGCCGGCGGAUGAACAAGGUCCGCGAGCGCGUUCUGCGCAGCAACCCCACACUCCAGGCUCUGCACCGUGAGCUAGUACAAGCCCGACAGAUCACAGAGGAAGAGUUUUGGGACGGCAAGCAGCGACAGGCGCUGCUCAAGUCCGAGGAACUGGCGUACGCUCAGCGACCUGGUCGGCCAUCGCGUCUCUUGGACGACCGCUUCGACUUGAGCGGGGACAAGCGCAACGAAAAAUUCCGCGGCGGGACUGGUGUCGGUCUCAAGAAGGUCGAGAGCGGACCUAUCGUGUUAAAUAUCACCAAGGAACUUACGCGCGAGAUCUUUGAAGAGUUCCCCGUUGUGCAAGACGCGUACGCUAAGAAUGUGCCGAGGAUUAGUGAGAGCGACUUUUGGACGCGCUACUUUACAAGUACACUUUGGGAGCGGCAUCGCGCAAGUGUGCGCAAGACUGCUCUUGACGAGGGUGCGCGCCGCAAGGACGACAUCUUUGACGUGUACCUCGAGGACCCGGACUGGGAGAUCGAGCCACGUAAGAAGAUGCCUGACUCGGUGGAAACCUACCUCGACCUCGCGGCGACCGAGGAGGACCACGGCGACGUGACUACGAUCCGCGAUGUGACGAUGCAGGCAGGCAAAGAGCGGUCGAGCCUGCCUCUCAUCCGCCGCUUCAACCAGCACAGCGAGAAGCUGUUGCGCGCGGGGCGACAGGAGGCUUCGGUCCUAACGCCCUCAUCGGAGCUGAUGGAACAAAUCGACAUGGAGGACUUGCACGCGCCCGCCGCGCCCGCAGUCAUCCCGCUCAACGUCGCGAACGAGGACUCGGACGGCAAGAGUGGCCCGCGCGGUAUUUUUCCUGGGCGUUCUGACGCCGACCUGCUUGCCAUGGCCGAGGCCGAGGCAGUCCGCGUCGCGUCCUGGGAUGCGGACUUUGCCUCCGUCUGUCUCCCCAACCCGAACCCGGCCGAAGGCGGUCCAGGCCCGGGCACGAAGGAUUACGACGCAUACGCUUACCAGCGUGACGCGCAAUUUGUCGCCCAGCGCGUUGUGCGCGAUAUGCACAACGCGAGCAACGCCGAGGAUGCAGAGUAUCCCCAUCUCCCGCAGAAGAUUGUGGACGACAUGCGUUCGUGCCAUAACGCCGCGUGCGAGUUUCUGCGUCAGUACUGGGCCGCUGUCCUCCCCCCCGCUGCUGGCACACUCGCAACUAACCAGUCGCCGGCUGUCCGUGCCGCGCGCGCAGCCAAGAUGGCAGAGUACCUCCUUGGCACAGAGGGCAAAGUAGAGGCUAUCGUUAUGACCGCCCAGAUGGAGAGGGCUGACCCUGUCCGCGUGCGCGCCGCCAUGGCGCCUACGCUUGGCGCCGUCGCUGUCGCGCUGAAGCGUGAGAAAGCGCGCGUUGGCAAGGCGUAG